AUGGACUAUCAGCCGGUAAUCGUACAGAGGCAUGCUCGUCCGGCUGCAGCCAAGCAUAGUCCAGAAUCAAGAUAUUGGCGUCAAUUUAAACACCCAGUAUUCAUCAAAGAAUACGCUCCGGUCACCUCCAUUCAGUUCUCUCCCUCUAAACCUCAUAGGUAUGCUGUAACAGCAGCAACUCGUGUCCAGAUUUAUGCACCCCGAACCCAGAAAGUCACAAAAACAAUUUCGCGCUUCAAGGAUGUUGCUCGCAGUGGUAAUAUUCGUCCUGACGGAAAGCUCGUCGUUGCCGGUGACGAUACAGGCCUGGUCCAGGUAUUUGACAUCAAUUCACGUGCCAUCCUCCGCACUCUGGAUUCGCAUAAGCAGCCGGUACAUGUCACCAAAUUUUCCCCCCUAGCACCCACCCAAGUACUCUCGUGUUCAGACGACACCACCGUAAAAUUAUGGGAUGUUCCAUCACAAGCCGAAGUAGUCACGUUCCAUGCUCACACCGACUACGUUCGCUCUGGUGAAGUUUCGACGUCUAAUCCGCAUCUCAUUUUCACUGGUUCUUAUGAUGCGACCAUGAGAUUAUUUGACACACGGACUAGUCAGUGCGAGAUGAUAAUGGGCGGAGAUGCUUCGAAUGCAGUACCGGUCGAGCAAGUCAAAAUGUUCCCAUCUGGUACAAUGGCCCUCUCAACUGCAGGUCCUAUCUUGCGCCUCUGGGACUUGGUCGCUGGUGGCCGUUGUUUACGUGCAUUUUCGAAUCAUCAGAAAACCAUUACCUCGCUUGCCUUUGACGGAUCCGCAGGUCGUUUGUUAACGGGGAGUUUGGAUCACAUGGUGAAGGUUUAUGAUGUCAGCUCGUACAAGGUCGUACAUACCAUGCGCUACCCCGCACCUGUCCUUUGUCUUGCCAUUUCCCCAGAUGAAACUCAUAUCGCUGCGGGAAUGUCUGAUGGCACCCUCUCUGUCAGACGGAGACAGCCAAAAGCCUCAGAAGGCGCGGAUCAGCCUUUCACUGCUGCUUUGAAAUCUGGGGCCUUCGAAACAUUCCUAGGAGGCACCCUUCCUACAAUUGGUCAAGGACGCACGAAGUCCAAAAUAAAGCCAAAGCCAACUGGAGAUGUGGACGAGUUGAGAAUUGAAAGCAGAAGAGCAAGGCAUCUGAGAGAGUACGACAGGCUACUGAAAGGUUUCAAAUAUUCAGGAGCUUUGGAUUCGGUGCUCAGAAAGAAUGUCCCUCCGACAACAACCUUCUCUCUUAUACAAGAACUGAUCCAUCGUGAUGGCCUUCGGAGUGCAUUGGCAGGUCGAGAUGAUGUCCUUUUGGAACCAGUCUUGCAUCUUCUCGUGAAGCAUGUCGCCGAUCCCCGUUUUGGUGAAAUGGUGUGCGAUGUCUCAAGUCUGGUCAUCGAAAUGUACACGCCAGUACUUGGACAGUCACCACUCAUCGAUUCGCUUUUCAUGCGACUACGAAAGAAAGUCCUUGCCGAGAUUCGGUUCCAAAAAGAACUGGUCAAAACAAAAGGCGCACUCGAAAUGAUUUUCGCGUCUGCUACACUAACUGCUGCAUAA